UUUUGAGAGCAACUUUUAUUUUGAGAUGUGAUUUCAUGUAUUAUCAAAAAAAAAUUCUUUUUUUUGUACAAUCAGAAAUCAAAUUGACGGACGGAACUAAAUUGCUCGUUAAAUUCGCCACCUGUAAACUCGACCGGUUGAAUUAAAACAAAAACAAAGAGAGAGAGAGAGAGAAAGAGAAGAAAACUUAUGGAAUUGUAUAAUUAAUCAGUUGCAAAAUUGUUUGCAAACUUUCCAAAAAUUCAUCAAGCAAAUCAGACAACUCAUCCAGCAAUUCACAUACUUUUUAUUUGCUAGAACCAAUUCACACACUUACUCGAACUAAAUAAUAUGAUUUCUCGAAAAUUUUAUCAGAAAAACCCGCGGAGUUUCAGCCAGUUGUGGCGUUUUGUUUCCUCCGCCGCCUCUCCGCCGUCGAAGGCCUCCAGCGCCGCCGCUCGAAGAGCUAAUUCGGAGCAGGGUUCUGUCUCCCGAGCUCAAGAUGACAUAUUUUUGAAGCCCAGAACGUUGUUUUCCUCGAAGAAUCGUUGCCAAGAAAGCUCUUGGAGCAUUCUGAUUGGGGGUAGAAGGUGUAGAUUUACAACUCAAUCUAUGGCGGAUGUCCCUUUCAAUGGAGAGGUAGACGUGCCUUUGGCGCAGACUGGUGAAGGAAUUGCAGAAUGCGAGCUCCUUCAAUGGUUCGUUCAGGAGGGCGACCAAAUCGAAGAAUUCCAACCACUUUGUGAGGUUCAAAGUGACAAAGCAACCAUAGAAAUAACUAGUCGUUACAAAGGAAGAGUUUCUAAGGUUCUUCAUGUCCCCGGCAAUAUUGUAAAGGUCGGUGAGACUCUGUUGAAGAUGGUUGUUGAUGAAGAUACAUUCUUCAAUCAACCUUCUGAGAUAUCAGAAGUUAUCAAGGCACAAGUUUCCGAUACAAGUAAACUAGAAGAUGUUGAUUCGGGGCUCAGUAAACCAAAGAUUGGCGGUGUGAGGUCUACGCCUGCUGUUCGUAAUCUUGCAAAACAAUAUGGUGUAAAUAUUGAAAAUGUUCGUGGAACCGGGGAAGAUGGAAGAGUGUUGAAAGAGGAUAUCCUCAAUUAUGCUGCGCGUGGAGGUGUUAUGAAGGAGACCGCAGCUUCCAUCUAUUCUUCAUCUGCUGAUCAGAAUCUUGAAGGAGAUCAGAUCUUCCCGAGUAUUUCUUCAACAUAUGGCUGGGAGUAUGAAGAUCGGACGAUCCCUCUGAGGGGAUUCCAGCGUGCUAUGGUGAAAGCGAUGACAUUAGCUGCAAAAAUUCCACAUUUUCAUUAUGUUGAUGAAAUAAACUGCAAUGCUCUUGUUGAGCUCAAAGCAUCCUUCCAAAAAGAGAGUUCUGAUGCAGGCGUUAAGUACACUUUCCUUCCCGUGUUGAUAAAGUCUCUUUCGAUGGCAUUGUGCAAAUAUCCCAUGCUAAAUAGCUGCUUUAGCGAGGAAUUGCAAGAAGUAACUCUCAAAGGGUCCCACAACAUUGGAAUCGCGAUGGCUACUCCACACGGUCUCGUAGUGCCUAACAUUAAGAAAGUUCAAUCUCUUUCCAUCUUCGAGAUAACAAAGGAGCUGGCGCGACUGCAAGAGUUGGCUCUGGCUAACAAGCUCAGUUCCGAUGACAUAUCACGUGGAACGAUCACUUUGAGCAAUAUCGGUGCAAUUGGAGGCAAAUUCGGUUCCCCUCUCAUCAAUGUACCCGAAGUUUCCAUUAUCGCCAUUGGAAGAAUCCAGAAAGUUCCACAGUUUGAUGAAGACGGGAACCUAUAUCCCGCCUCGAUUAUGACGAUAAACAUAGGCUCUGAUCAUAGAGUUCUUGAUGGUGCAACUGUUGCAAAGUUCUGCAACGAGUGGAAGCAGUUCAUUGAGAAGCCAGAGCUCCUGAUGCUUCACACGAGGUGAUUGCUCGUCUCCGUCUGCAUCGGGAUGUCCGAGGAUGCCGCCUGAAUACCAAACACCGCGACCGGAAGGUGCAUUCCGAUUCUUCCUAACACUGAUACAACAAGAAGAAAGUGGUGUAUAAGCUACAAGUUCUUGAAUUCCUUGAGGUAAAACAAAAAUAGGUCUCUCUCUCUUUACUGCAAUAAAUUGUUUACCCAUAGAAUUAUGUUGGAAGCAGAAACUGUAACGUAGAUCGGUGUUUUCCCUUGUCCUCGACUGCUUUGAGCUACGUGGAAGUCACGAAUUCAAUGAUUUUAAGGAAUUAUAGAUUUACAAGGAUUCAUAUA